UUCUCUUUUCUCAACCACCAUGUCAUAAUUAGUGAGAGGGAAACACCGGGACUUUUCUGAAAUGGGUUCUUGAUUUUCUCCAACAGAAACCAUUUGAGAGUGACACAGAAAAGAAAGAAAUCGUAUGGCAACUACCAAUACUACAGCAAAAGAAGCAUCUUCAUCGACAUCAAAGUUCAUAAAAUGUGUGACGGUUGGAGAUGGUGCUGUUGGAAAGACUUGCCUUCUCAUCUCUUACACUAGCAACACUUUUCCUACUGAUUAUGUUCCAACUGUAUUUGACAACUUCAGUGCUAAUGUUUUGGUUGAUGGGCAGACUGUGAAUCUGGGUCUCUGGGAUACUGCUGGUCAAGAAGACUAUAACAGGUUGAGGCCUCUUAGUUACAGAGGAGCUGAUAUUUUUCUUCUUGCCUUUUCUCUCAUAAGUAGGCCUAGCUAUGAGAACAUAUCAAAGAAAUGGGUUCCAGAGCUUAGACAUUAUGCCCCAUCAGUGCCCAUUAUUCUCGUGGGAACUAAACUAGAUCUGAGAGAAGGCAGACAGUUCCUAAUGGAUUACCCUGGGGCAUGUACCAUCUCAACAGAACAGGGUGAAGAUCUAAAAAAGAGAAUAGGGGCUGUGGCAUAUAUAGAGUGCAGCUCAAAGACACAGCAGAACGUGAAGGCUAUUUUCGACGCAGCUAUUAAGUUGGCUCUCUAUCCUUCAAAGUCCAAGAAGCAAAAGAGAAAACUGAUGCCCUGCAAUGUUGUUUAACCUAGUAUAUAUUUCUCUGUUCAUUCUUUUCUUCCCCAUUUCUUUGUGGGUUGUACUUUUAUUCUUUUCUAGGAGAAGGAAUUUGCAACAUACAUUAAUUGUGUUUUUACUUGUAAUGCUAUCAAUAACCAUCAUGUACGUACGCUAGACCAUUUCAGAAACUGUAUAUGCUCCAUUGUGCGCACGUUAUUGAGUUUCUUUUUUAGUUACC